CAUCACCACCCUUUCUCACAGAAACUACUCCUCCCUACACUCCAGCAUACACCCAUAAUAACCAAUAUCAUCAAUCAACAUGGACGCCGCCAAGAACGCAGUCAAGAGCUUCAUCAGCAAGGAUGGUAAGCAUGACACCACCGUCCACGAGAAGGUCAACCCCGCCGUCGUCAACGAGACUGUCGCCAAGCAGCAAGAAGACCGUGUCACGACUGCUGUCGACAAGGAAGUCCACCAGGACCACUACCACACUUCGGUCCAGCCCGUCAAGGACUCCAACAUCCUCCCGGAGAAGCACCACCACAACCUCGCCGGAGUUGAGCACCGCAACUUCGAGCACGACAACCCUGAUCAGGUCAAGCAGAAGCUUGCUGCCGAGCAGGCACGCUUCAAAGACACCACUGAGACCGUCGCUGGCGAGCACCGCACCACCGCCAUGCCCACUGUUGCCGGCGAGCACGUCCACCACCAUGUGCACGAGAACAUUCAGCCCGUGGUCAACCGCCAGACGGUCGAGCCACAUGUCGUGCACACCACUGUCCCGAUCCAUGAGGUCCACCACAACGCCGCUCAGCACCACUCCACCUCUGCUUUGCCCGCCAUGAGCAUGUCUGAAUUCAAGAACUCUGGCGGUUCUCUCACUGGCCGCGAGGAGCGCCACGACCAGUUCGAUGGUUGCCCACGACCCGGUCACGCAUCCACCGCUGGCACCAACAACAGCAUCGAGGGUGGCGCUCACAACCACGGCCACUCUCACACCCACGGCACCACGGGUACGACUGGUACCACUGGCAUGACUGGCACCAACGGCAUGACUGGCAGCAACGGCGUGACUGGCAGCAACGGCAUGACUGGCACCAGCGGCAUGACCGGUACCACCUCCGACGGCUUGACCGGAUCUCGCGCUGCUGGCACAUCUGCUGGUUCCGGCGCCACCGCCGGCGGCCUCACCGGCCAACGCCAACACGACGUCGAGAACAACCUCAGCGGCACCAACAACUCCACACACGGCAACACCUCUUCUUCCAACACGGGCAGCAAUGCCACAAAGCCUUCGCUCAUGGAUAAGCUCAACCCCAAAGUUGACGCCAACGGUGAUGGAAAAGCCGGCUUCAUGAAAUAGAUUGCAUGCAUUUUUCUUUUGUCUAUGUUAUCUACCACCACCAUAUACGACACCAUCCUGAUGAUAUGAGAUGAUGAUGACGAUCAUGAUGAUGUUUUUUUCUUUUCGUCCUUGGGGGACGAGGAAUUUUUGGUCUCUUUUUUUUUUGUGUAUUUCUAGCCGAUAAUAGUUUGAUACCAGAAAGGAAAAAGAAGAAGAAAUGAAAUUGGAAAACAUAUUUGUU